CCUUAAAUUAAUACCAAAAUGUUUUGUUUUUAGGAAUCUUUACGAUUUUGACUUUGUGACUGUGCUAUCUAGUGGAAUCCAAGUGCACGGAUUGAGCGGAAGUAACGUUAUUGUCAUUUGCAAGAUUAUUAUUAUUUUUCUUCCAAAUUCGUUUAUGGGAAUAUGCAUUAGRUACUACUAAAAACAUUCCUCCCCAGGUAGCAUGCAUUCAGAGCGGUUUAUAUCGGAAAUAGUUUGCUUUGCGCUUUCCACUUCCUUUCAUCAUGCACAGUGAAACAUCGACAAGAAGCUUAUAUAUUUUCUUAUCAUGUGCUAGCUACUAUUAUUCGUAAACAUAAYUUGUAUGGUAUGCAUAGGUUAUACAUGUAUCAUGUUAAAGAGGACGCAUGCGUAUGCCUCCCACUUUGCACUUACAUAAUAAACUCAAACCUCUUUGUAUAAUUAUUACAACACUUUUCAGCCAAAUUUGAAUAGCAUUAGCUAGCCACUCGGAUGUCACCGUUUUGAAAUGAUUGAUUACCCCAAAUAAAGUAUUUUAGAUGCAUUUUGAAUAGGCCUGUGUGCUUUUUGUCUACCUCUCAUUUCAGGUUUGAGCAUGUUUCAGGCGUGGCAAGGUAUAAGAUUACUCACCAACUCAAUUCGACGGUAUCCAGUGCAAAGACUAGUGUGUGUAAAGGCCACCACCACUAGAACGUGCUCAGGCUACCAACAGGCUAAUGUGGUGAUCCUCCAUAAGAGCCUAGCUGAUGACUUCGAGGCAUUCUGCCACGCCAACCCCAGCCCCCUGCCCCUGCUGUACAGGAGUCAGCCUGGGGAGUGGGGCUGUCCACCUCUCGCUGCAGACGCAGACAUCAGAGUGGACUGUCCCCAGUACUGUGUGUUUAAGGACGGCCUGCUGGUAUCCAGAGUGUCCAGCCUGAUGUCCUACAGCGGUCAGCUCCAGGACAUGGUCAGCUUCUACCUGGGCUGUAGCUUCAGCUUUGAGAGGACACUGCGGGAGGCUGGGGUCCCUGUCCGAAAUGUGGAGCAGAACUGUAAUGUCAGCAUGUUCAGGACAUCUCUCCAGUGUAGAGGAGUGGGUCAGUUCCAGUGCCCUAUGGUGGUGACUAUGAGACCAGUACCUGAGGAGAAGCUGGACAUUGUGGCCCAGAUCACUCACCUGACCCCUCUGGCCCAUGGAGGACCCAUCCACAUCGGGGACCCAGCUGUGCUGGGGAUCCAGGACGUAUCCAGGCCGGAGUAUGGGGACCCGGUGGCCCUUUGCCCAGGAGAUGUACCUGCGUUCUGGGCCUGUGGGGUCACUGGUGUGGAGGCUGUCCAGAGUUGCAAGCCCACACUGGCAUUCACCCACUCUCCAGGCUGCAUGUUCCUCACUGAUCGAGAGGACUCAUCCGUCUCUGCGUCCACAUCCACCCCUGAGCCUGACCAAUGCCCUCUGACUUUCUCCAUCUCCCAGCAGCCUUUGCAUUUCAGUGUGGCGUCUAAGGCUGUAGUCCAGAGCAUACGAGACCUGGAGAAGAUCAUUGGCGAGGACCCAGGAGAGAGGGGUAUCCGUGCAUUGUUUGUCCAGGAUGAGUUGCUGAGGUCUUGCCUGUCCCUCUCCCAUUCCUCAUCUGUGCUCAUCACUACGGGGUUCCCCACCCACUACACACACAACCCCCCUGAGGAGACAGACGGGCCCCCCGGAGCCAUCGCCAUAGCAGCCACCCUCCAGGCCCUCCAGAAGGAGGUUGCUAUAGUGACGGAUCACCGUGCCCUGGAGAUGAAUCAGAGGAUUAUGGAAGAUGCAGUGAAGAAAGGUGUGAUAAAGACAGCCGUACCACUACUCAGUUACCAAGGCAACAGCCCAGACUCAGCACUGUACUUCCUGUGUCAUAACGGAGACCAUAAAAAGCCCAGGUUUGACCACUUGGUGGCAAUAGAGCGCAGUGGCAGAGCGUCUGAUGGGAACUACUACAAUAUGAGAGGAGUGAACAUCAAACACCUGGUGGACCCUAUAGAUGAUCUAUUCACCACAGCCAGCACCAUCCCUGGCAUCAGCACCACAGGGAUAGGAGAUGGCGGGAACGAGCUGGGCAUGGGCAAGGUGAAGGAGGCAGUGAGAGAACACAUGCCCAAUGGGAGCCUGAUAGCCUGUGACGUGGCUGCUGAUUUUGCCAUCACUGCAGGAGUGUCUAACUGGGGAGGCUACGGCAUGGCCUGUGCUCUGUACAUCCUCAGUCUCUGUCCCAUCCAUCAGCGGUACCGCCACAAAGGCCUGGGCCAGCCUCACCCACCUACCCAGGACCAGCACCAGGCCUGGGCUGCUAGCCUGCCCUCUGUAGCCAAGGAGGAGGAGAUGCUGUCCAUCCUGGUGCAACAUGGUGUCCGCAGCGGAAAGACAGGAACCUUGGGCAUGGAGGUGGACGGCCUGUCCUUUCACCCCACACACUCUGACCUCAUCAUAAAGCUCAGGGACCGCACCUCACAGAGAAAGUGAAACUACACCUUACAAACUACCACCUAUGCAAAGUAGUGAACACACCACCAACCCACGCAGAGAAGUGAAAAUACCAUUGCUGUCAAAAUGCCGUUGCUGUCAUUCGCAUCCCCUCCUCCGUAUCCACCACACCACCCCCAACGAUUGGGGAUGGUCCUUGGUCUGUGACCAGGUGGAAGCCCCACCCGAGCCAAAAGCUACUACACUGCAAAAAACUACACUAUCUCACAUCAUUAAUCAUCUGAUUGCAUGGAACCUGAACACGAUAUUACAGUACAUGGCAGUCUUCCUAAAGGCUUGAGUUUGAUGCUGUCAUGUUUGGAUCAAACUGAGAAGUGUGGAGUUGGAGUUGUCUGCAGCUGUGCAUUUGAUUGCUCCCGYACGUUUAUUACGAACUUCAUAAAUUAAAAACCUUUGUCCUUUUGUAGCUCAGUUGGUAGAGCAUGGCGCUUGUACUGCCAGGGUAGGGGGUUCGAUUCCCGGGCCCACCCAUACAUAAAAUGUUUCAUGCAUGACUAAGUUGCUUUGGAUAUAUUAUGUUACUAUAAUAUUACAAGCUAAAGCCUGAUAUCAGACAACGCCAUAAACCAAGUUGGUUUUUAUAGCUUUGUGAUCUUAAUUCUAUUGUAAACAAGGCACUAGAUUAGAACUAUAUACAACUGUUUUUAGUUUGAUAUAGAGUAUCACAAUUCCCAAUCUCUCAAAUAUCUUGUGUUGAAAAGUAUUCUUUUUUUGUUAGUAAAAUCAUCUUGUGUUGAUUAGUAGGACCAAAUMAAUAUAACCAAAUAGAGAAUCAGUCACGCACGCACAGUUCCGAAGGCAGACUGCUCUCAGGGACAGUUGACUGCCUUUGUGGCACACUUCCAACUGUGCUAUGCUACUAACACUUCGUCUCCAGCUAAAAGUCAGAGGGGUCUGUGUGUUUUACUCACCAGAAAUACUGGCUUGGUAACUUUUUGUCUUCCUUAGCUAUGAGUCGGUGAGCAAAACACUUGCUAAGAGCAGAGUACCACUGAAACCUGUCCUAAAAACUCUCUGUAAUUCUAAUGGUGUUAAUGACAUUUGUAUUCAAAAUCAUAAUCACUUGUGAUUAUUUAUUUUAAUACACUACAUAAACUGUUAAAUCAUGUAAUAAUAAUUUGGAAAGUAAUCAAAGUGCUGUUAUCUGAUUAGAACCAGAGCUCCACUGAAACAUGAUUUCAUCUACUGUCAGUGCCAGUGUGUGCCAUGUUAGGGGCCACCCUCCCUAAAUAUCCCACCUUCUCCCUUACUUCCUCCCUCCGCAGCCAAGGUCACUCACAGAUCUGUCUAAAACAACCUUUCACACACAUCUUACCGUCAACACUGUCUGACAAACACAUGGUAUGGUUUCAGGCAACCCCGCAAAGACUGAAGACAUAUUAAAUUCUCCAGACAAAUAAUUCAAUCCAACAUUAUGCUCCUACUCUUGUUUCUAGUCCUUAUGUCACACAGUUUGUUUAUCUAUGGUUUUCUUAUCUAACAUGGUUAUGAUAGAAAGCAAUGAUAUUAGGUUUGACCUUUCCAAAUGAAGCCCUUUCCUUCUAGGUUCAGCCAAAGUAAAGUUAGUGUCGUCCAAGGAGGCUUCUGUUGCUAGGUUAAUAAACAAACCAAUGCUUUUUCUUCGCUAGCGACUGGUUACACCUGAGAAUGUUUAGCAUUACUCGAUGAUCSAAUUAAUGAGUUGCUUACUUGAUAAAAUAAAUGUUAAAAUGCAGAACUGAACAAUUUCAGCCCAACAAAAACAGGACGCUGACAAUUAGUGUCAAUUCAACUCUAGUCCCACUGAGCUGUGUGUGUGUACGCACGGAUCUGCUUCAAGUGUGUUUGGAGUUUAAUGCAUUAGUUGUGUUUGAGUGUGUAGUUCUAUUUUGAAUCAAAUUCCAACUGCCAAGGCAAAGUUAACUAACUGGUUGUUUCUGGGACGACUCCUUCACAGGUGAGAGAGAUAGAGAUAGUUGACGUGAUAGAGGAAUGGCUUUAGUUGCAUCUGCCUCAAACUCCUACAAGGUGGCAAAAGUGUGAAAAAUGAGAACAUACAAGACAAUUUGUUUCAUGCCUAAGACAUAUCAGAUGAGCAAUCUGAAUAAGAUGCAAAUGAAUGCAUCAAAUCUUGGGAGAAACAAAUACAGGAAAGCCCGCUCUUCCAGAGAGCACAAUCCCAGAGGAAGACACCUUAACUCUACAGAAGAAUCCUGACACAUUAUGGCAGCAUUUUAAUAUUGAUGUUGUAAAUAUGAGAGAUGUGCUGAGAAAAUGUCCAAUGAGACCAAAUGAAAAGAAAAACAGCAAGGGUUCAUAACUUCAGCAGAAGUAGAAUAAKAGUCAUGUAACAGCAACUA